AGGCCACUCGAGAUGUGCACUCGCCGGGAGAAAGCAGCCCAAAUUCGACCAGCACGGCAUUGAUUCCCCGAUCUUCGAGGUCCCUGCAUCCCGAUCUAGCCAUGAUUGCGCCCUGCCCGGUCGGCUCCCCGCUCCUGGAUUUUCGCUCACCAGCCUUCUCCGAGUUCUCGGACAGGCCGAACCGGCGGGCGCUUGUAGACCACUUCUGCAACAUCUUGUCGCAUCUGAUCGUCUUUCGCGAGGAGACAGGCAACCCUUUCCAGCAACUCAUCCUGCCCCUCACCCGGGAGAGCUCCCCGGUCACAAACGCAAUAUUCGCGCUGGCAUGCGCCCACUUGGAGUACAGAGGCGUCGAGACGGCAGAAAAGUCGAAUGAGAUAUUAGCAGCCAUAAUGUUGCUGGUGUACUAUGAAUGCCUGGUCCAGGAAGGCCGCUCAAACAUCGUAGCGAAUCACCUGAAAGGGGCUCUGACGAUCAUGUGCACCGUUACCGACCCGUCAGAUCCCACCAGCGUCUUCCUGGAACGCGCCUUCCGCUUCUACGACGUAAUCACGGCUCUCUCCAAUGGCACUGCCCCCCUAUCAGCAGCGCCCACGCCAGGUUGCUUGCCCCCCCUCUCCCCUCUCGGCGCGCCGAUGGCAUCGCCGCUCUGCAAUGUUGACACCCUACUGGGCAUGGCCACCACGCUCUGGCCCAUCAUUCACCGCCUCGCAGGCCUGCGCGCGCUGAAAAACGACCUUGAAGCAGCAAUGAGGGCCGGAGCUACCCCGUCCAAGCUGGCCGUUCUACGCACCGAAUUCGAGUCUACCGCGCAGGCCAUCGAGACAGCGCUGCUACAGUGGCGGCCACCGUACCUACCAUCAGAGUGGACGAGUUUUCCAGAGGAUUGCAGCACGCCUGGAGCCUCGGCCACCGCGGACACCGACACGGACACGGAGGUGACGAACCAGCAAGCCAUUCACCUCACACCAACCCCGACUUCCUCCACCAUCGUCCUCAACACUAACAACACCAGCAACAACGUCAACCAAGAACACUCCCGGAUAGCCUCAAUCUACCACAACGCGCUGGCAUACCGGCACGCGUCGCUGGUCUACCUGCACCGGACCAUACUCUCGUCGCCGCGCGCGCACGAGGCGGUUCGGACGCACACGCGGCUGGCGCUGGAGCACUGCGUGGGCACGGUGCGGCACGCGGGGCCCAUGUCGGCGCUGCUCUGGCCGCUGUUCGUGUCGGCGUGCGAGGCGGCCACGGCCGACGACAGGGCGCUCGCCGAGCGGGCCUUUACGGCCAUCGAGAAGCGCCAGGGCAUGCGCAACAUUGACCGGGCUUGGGGCAUCGUCCGCGAGGUCUGGCGGCGCGCGGAUGGUGUAGCAUCUGAAGGAGAUGGCGGAUUAGGGGAGGGAGCAGAUGGCAUUGAAGGGGAAAGGGUAGGGGAAGAGGAAAGCGGAGAGGAGCUGUGGCGUCGGGUGAGUAAGGAGAUGGGGGUCAGUAUUGUGUUUGGGUGAGGAACGAAGAGUGUGUGGAGAGAUAAAAGGGGGAGAUGGGGUUCGAGUGGCUACGAGCACGACUCCACUUGGCAGGGUUGCUAAGGUCCAAACGAGGCUCGGACGAUACGAUACGAUACGAGGCCAAACGAGGCCGUGACAGACGGGACGGGACAGGAGCGCGCUGCAAACAGCAAGAUCGGACUGGAAAGGGCGAGCCCGCUCGUCGACGGGCCGAAAUUUCCAU